UUUUUAUUUUCGGGUGUUACAAACUCCAGAGAUGGAACAGCGCAGGGCGGACUCGCCUGCCUUUGGAGGCGUUGGUUUCUGUUUCUGUCUAUCUCACGCGCUAUCUCCGCCCUCAAGGGAGAGACUUCUCCGUUUACCGAGCACCUUUUUUCACGCACUGCCGUUAAGUCGAAAUUGAGGUCUGACGGACUGCGAGAGCGCAAAGGGGACACACGGCGUCAAUUUGGCACCGGAUUCACCCCCACCUUGUUACGAAUUUCUGGAUUAUGGGGACGUCGUUAUGCCACGCAGUGUGAACUACAGACGCUUUCCAAGAUAAAAUCAGUCGAGCUAGAAACAAGGAUCACGUAAAAAAAAAAAAAAAAUGUGCAUGAAUCAGAUGUCGUUCAGAUGCUAUCGCACACCUUCGGGAUUUCGCCUGUAAAUACCUCUGGGAUGUUUAUUUUACUGCUUUUGUGGUUUUAGUGCGCGCAAUGUGAAAUAGGUUUGUGUGAUGCACAGAGUUGGCAUAGCCCACAGGCAUCAUCUUCAUAAUAAUCCUCGUUGUAAUAUCAGUAAUUGGCAUGAUUAAUGUGCAGCGUGCUUUAGUUGUAACCAUACAGAAUACGUGUUGUGUCGUUAAUCUCUAUAGAGUGUUUUAAAUGUAAAUAUAAGUGACAAACGAUGAACUAAUUGGCUCUGUGGAUCGUUAGACCAAAAGCACUAACAGGAGUUCAUAUUAUUCCCAGAUAAUAAAGCGACGCAGGGGCUGUUUGAAGUCACAUGUGCCCAGAGCAAACAAUUAAGAUGACAAAACCCGUCCUCAGAAGAGAUUGUCUUUAUUACCGAAGAAGCUGCAUUGGGAUCACAUCUCAGUUCCUGGAUUGCAAUAGAGUUGGAGGACAGGGAGCAGAGGAAGAAGAGAGGGAGGAGAAGCAGAGGGGAGCUGCUGAGCUGCAUUACAGAGCCACUGCUGAUAGGCGAGCUUUGGCUUCAGUGAUGGACUGAGCUGAAGGUUAAGGGAUCCCUGUGACAAGUCAGCUACACAUUUUUUUUUCCUCCCUCAAAAGCCUUCAACGCCCGUCAGAGGCAUGUACGGACACACUGCAGCGUAGGUGAGAAAACAAGAGGAGCUGCCUGUUUUGAACACAACAAAUUGGCCUAAUGAUUGAAAUACAACUAUCUCUCAAAGAGGACAACACCGGCCUUUUAUUUGGAAACCGUCUCUCAGGUCUGCACAAACUGAUUCUACCUUUGUCCCAAAAAGCAAGUAAACCUGGAACCUCAGCCCCUUCCCAAGUGCCCUGGAAACCCACUGGAUUCAGUCUGCAACCAUAGAUGUAAUUAACUGUCAAGAUUUCGUCACCAGGAAGUCCUGUGUUUCUGGCUGCAUGGACACAUCUUCAAAGACGUGGCUGCCGCAUCAGAGUCAGUUUGGGUUGGUUGGUCAAGCGGAGGUUUGCUGUGGCGGACCGGGAGUUUUAACCCCAAACCAAUCUCGCAGGGCAAGUUUUGCCUCUGCAAGACAGUCAAGCAUGGAAACUCCUCCCAAUGCCACCCCACAGCCCUUCAGACAGCCGAGUUUUCUCAACCGAAGGUUGAAGGGUUCCAUCAAGAGGGCCAAAAGUCAGCCCAAACUGGACCGGACCAGCAGCUUCAGACAAAUGAUUUUGCCUCGGUUUCGUAGUGCUGACCAAGAGAGGACUCGCUUGAUGCAAAGCUUCAAGGAAUCCCACUCCCAUGAGUCCCUACUUUCUCCUAGCAGUGCUGCAGAGGCUUUGGACUUAGUUUUGGAUGAGGAGGCCAUAAUCAAACCUGUUCACUCAAGCAUUUUAGGGCAAGAGUACUGCUUUGAGGUGACCACCAGUUCAGGGACAAAAUGUUUUGCCUGCCGCUCAGCUUCAGAAAGAGACAAGUGGAUUGAGAAUCUGCAACGAGCUGUUAAACCUAACAAGAACUCCACAUUUCGCUUUCAGGACAACAGCAGACGGGUGGACAAUGUGCUCAAGUUGUGGAUCAUUGAAGCUCGAGACCUUCCAGCAAAGAAACGCUACUAUUGUGAGCUGUGUCUGGAUGACAUGCUGUACGCACGCACCACCAGCAAACCCCGGACCGACACCGUCUUCUGGGGCGAGCAUUUUGAAUUUAACAAUUUGCCUACCAUUCGUAGCCUUCGCUUACACCUCUACAAGGAAACAGACAAAAAAAGACGCAAGGAAAAAAGCACAUACCUUGGCCUUGUCAGCAUCCCCAUUUCCAGCAUCACGGGCCGGCAGUUUGUGGAGCAAUGGUACCCGGUGAUACAGUCCAGUGUUUUGGCCAAAAGUGGUGGUGUUGGAAGUGCCAAAGUCAUCAAUGCCUCGCUGCGUGUUAAGUCUCGCUACCAGACAAUGAACAUCCUCCCUAUGGAGCUGUACAAGGAAUUCGCUGAGUACAUCACCAACAACUACCGAACACUGUGUGCUGUUCUGGAGCCGCUGUUGAGUGUGAAAAGCAAAGAGGAGGUGGCGUUUGCUCUGGUGCACAUACUCCAAAGCACAGGGAAGACAAAGGAAUUCCUGUCUGACAUGGCGAUGUGUGAGGUGGAUCGAUUCAUGGACCGUGAGCACUUGAUCUUUCGGGAGAACACGCUCGCUACUAAGGCUGUGGAAGAGUACCUCAAACUGAUAGGUCACAGAUACCUCAAGGAUGCUAUAGGUGACUUCAUUCGAGCCUUAUAUGAGUCUGAGGAGAACUGUGAGGUGGACCCCAUGCGUGUCCCGCCAUCAGUCCUUGCUGACCACCAAGCCAACCUUCGCAUGUGCUGCGAGCUGUUACUCUGCAAGAUUAUCAACUCUCUCUGCAUAUUUCCUCGGGAGCUGAAGGAAGUUUUUGCCUCAUGGAGAGCCAGAUGUGCUGAGCGUGGAAGAGAGGAUCUCGCUGACAGCCUCAUCAGCUCCUCCCUGUUCCUUCGCUUCAUGUGCCCAGCCAUCAUGUCCCCCUCCCUGUUCAACCUAAUGCAGGAGUACCCCGCUGAACGCACGUCCCGCACACUCACACUCAUAGCCAAGGUGAUGCAGAACCUGGCCAGCUUCAGCAAAUUUGGACCCAAGGAGGAAUACAUGUACUUCAUGAAUGAGUUCCUGGAGAUGGAGUGGGGCUCCAUGCAGCAGUUUCUUUAUGAGAUUUCCAACAUGGACACUGGAGGAAACGCCGGGGGCUUUGAGGGCUACAUUGACCUCGGCAGAGAGUUGUCGAUGCUUCACAGUUUACUGUGGGAAGUCAUGGGCCAGCUCAGCAAGGAUGCUAUUCUCAAACUCGGACCCCUUCCACGGCUGCUGAAUGACAUCAGUGUCGCCUUGAGGAACCCACAGCUCCACAUGCCUACAAAUCACCAACCAGACCGACCGAAGGACAGACUCUUCUCGCGACCAUCUUUCAAUCGUCUCAUGUCCUCUGACUUCCAAAGCCUUAUGAUGCGUGACUUAAACAGUUCAAUAGACAUCUCUCGCCUGCCAUCUCCAACAACUGGAGUAUCCGCUGUAGAAUCCCUCUCAUCGAAUCUGAACAUGAGGCGUCACGCAGAACGGGACCUUCGCUCGUCGAGGGAGGUUUUCUACGUAACUCGUCCACCGCUGGCUCGAUCCAGCCCUGCAUACUGCACGAGCAGUUCGGACAUUACCGAGCCUGAUCCAAAGGUCCACAGUGUGAAUAAAAGUGUUUCUAUGAUGGACCUCCAGGACUCCCGUAUGAACAGCAUUUCCAACCUGAACUCUGUGGGAGACAUGCUCACCUCCUCUCAAGCCUCCAUCGCUGGCCUCGGACACAGCUUCGGGAACCUCGGCGGUCCUCUUCGUAUGGGAGGGCAUAUGCCGGCGGGCUCAGCGGGCUCCGGUCUGAGGCUGAGCCAGAUGGGCCACAUAGGGGGUCCCACCGAAUCCAUCUCCCAACAGCAACAGCAGGCAGCAGCAGCCAUGCACUUCCCCCUGUCUUUCCAGAACCCGCUAUUCCAUCUGGCUGCCCAGAACUCCCCAGCUCAGUCUCAGCCUCCUCCCCCUCCUCUUCUCCUCGCUCCCGAGCCUGAGAAUGGCCACCACGACUAUGCACCCGCCUUUGGCAACAGUGCUUUCUCCCGCAGCGAGGACUUGUCCGCCCUGCGGUCACAGAGCAGUCUGGUGCAGCCCAGCAUUGUCCACUCUCACAGUUACAGUGAUGAUUUCACCCGGCAGAAUCAGAAUAACGACUACGCCUGGCACCAGCUGUCACUGCAAGUGCAGGAGUCUCUCCAGCAGCAGCACCUGAUGGGAGUCACAUCUCAAACAGCCACUGGGACGGGCACCCCGGCCUCUUUGGCUACACCUCCCACCACAGUUCAUCCUGUCCGCCAGUCAUCCAUUGCCCCUCCACAACACCUCAAGUCCCAGCGGUCCAUUAACACUCCAGCUACCGCCACGCCUCCAAAGGUUCGCCCGCAGAGCAGGAACCUCCUCCUCGACUCCUCUGACACAAAUUACAGCGGCAGCCAGCCAAAACAGCGCCAAACUCAGCAGCCGCAGCAACAGCAACAACAGCAGCAGCAGCAACAGCAGUCCCAACAGCAGCAACAGCAGGAGACACAGCUGUCGGUGACGGACAGCCCAGCUCCUGGGCUCCCGUACCAGACGAGCUCCGCCAAAGAGAACCAGGGCCCAUCAGCGGCUGCAGAGGAGUCGACGGACACUCCAACAAAAAGCACCAAGAAGCCUCAACAGUCACAACUGCAGCCUCCACAGCAGCAUCUGCUCAAGCCAGUUGUCAAUAAACAGGGUUCUCAGACGACGUUGAACACCCCAGCCCUCAACGAGCGGACAGUCGCCUGGGUGUCCAACAUGCCACAUCUCUCUGCUGACAUUGAGAGCUUGCGGCCGGACCGUGAGGGUCAGCUGAAAGAGUAUUCAAAGAGCAUGGAUGAGUCACGAUUAGAGAGGGUCAGAGAAUACGAAGAAGAGAUACACUCCUUGAAAGAACGGCUGAAGAUGUCUCAUCGCAAGCUUGAGGAAUACGAGCAGAGACUUCUGUCGCAGGAACAGCAGACAAACAAGAUCCUGCAGCAGUAUCAGAGCCGCCUGGAGGACAGCGAGCGUCGCCUAAAGCAGCAGCAACUGGAGAAGGACUCUCAAAUCAAAGGCAUCAUCAGCAGACUCAUGGCUGUGGAAGAUGAGCUGAGAGGGGGUGCCAUUCCUGAUAUUAAGCCUCGAAUCCUCACAGACCAGUCUAUCAGCCAGGGCUAUGGUGGCCACCCAGGAUCCUGACUGCCAGUUCCAAAGUGACCAGAGCUCAUGAUGGUCAUUCAAGCAUAAGGAGAAGACUGAUUUACAUCCUCUACAAAAAACCCCAUGAAGACAAAGCUCUGCAGUGGAUCUAGUAGGACUACUGGAAGCUUCAUCUCACAACCUUCUUAAAAUUAAAAAAAACAAAAAACAAACAAACAACAAAAAAAAACUUUGCACAUAUUCAAACCUUGCCUGUACCAGAACUUGACAAUCAAUUUAGCGUGAGGACCAAUGUGUGUAGUGAAUCUCUGCACACGUUGACUGAAAUAUAAGCCAAUGCCACAAUAAUGGCAAUACUGAACCUAAUGAUUUUCUUUAUUUAAUCAGAAGAAAUGACAAGAGAUGUGUAAAACACUGAGGAUGAAGAUGGAUUCAUGAUUUUCCUUGCUUCAAGCAGCACGCUCGCUUCUCACUGUAGUCGCUGCAGACAAAACAUAGAAAAGGCUUUUACAAGCACAAUAUCCCCUCAUGGUGACAUCUGUGACAAGCAACAAAGCAUGUUGUUAAAUCAUUUGCCAUCUAUGAUCCUCAGAUGCAGGGCCCAAGCAAAGACCGACUGUAUAUUACUAUUUGAUUCUGAUGAAAUCACUUAGUAACAUACUCUCACUGCAAAGAUAUUUUCACUUACAGAGGUGGUUAUCAUCAUGGUUUUGCAUCUUCUUGCAUCCUUUAUAGUACAGCCAUCCUGACUAAAUACAUGCCAAACAAGCCCUACAAUCGAUUUAUAUUAUAACUGCUUUAAAUACAAUCUAUACCCUCUCGGUUACAUUUUCCUUCGGUAAACAGUGUAAAGCCAGAACUACAAUCUGUUGAACUGAAGUGUACAGAACAAGUCUUUCUUAAAGCUACUAAAACUUUUUAAUAAUGAAAAUAUUUUACAAAAAAUAAUCUGAGAUUAAAAUGUGUUUUCGCUCACUUUGUAAUAAUAAUGAUAGUGAUGAUAAUGAUCAAAGUAUGUAUAUAUAACAUUUCAAAACAGUGAUACAAAGUGCUUCAUUAACAAUAAAGACAAAGAAAUAUUAAAACUAAAUAGAGUUUAAAGGGGCACUCCACCCAUUUUACACAGUAGGGUUAGUUAUUUCAUCAGGUGGAUCCUGUAUUAGAAAGUGGAGGUAGUUUGCAAAACAUGGUCAUUUUUCAAGCAGAGAGGGUCUAAAGCACUAGUGAUUGCAUUAUGGGAAAUGUAGGACCCAGAAUUUUGUUUUUUUGAGUUUGACCCAUGAUAAGUCCCAUUUACACCUUGUAUUAACAGGUGAUCUGUAUCUGAAUAUAUAAUUUGGCCUUUGCAUUUAUACCUGGUAUUAAUAAUAAUCACUGAUUCUGAUCUCAAUAUGUACAUUAGAUUGGCAGUGCUGACAGGCUCAGCAAGGGAAGGAAUAUCACUGAUGGCUGUCAUUCAUUUCUAAAUCACUUUCUGUGGGGAAGACAUCCCAGCUACUGCUUCUCUAUCUUUUGCAGGGCUUGCUUAAACUAGCAGGAAGAGGCAGAAUUAGGUGAUCGUUUCACUUGCUCAAUGGAUUUUGGUUUUUCAGUGUUUUUUUUUCUUUUAAAAAGAAACCAUGGUCACGCUGUGUGUCAUUAACACCUGAUUGAGAUUCAAUACCAAUACCGAGCCAGAACAGUAACUUGUUUUAGAGUCAAAUACAGAACACAUGUUAAUCCCAGGAGUAAAUGGAGCCCUAAAAGUCGGGAUAUCUCGCUCCCUGCUGCUUUGAUUUGGACCAUUAAGCUUUCAUAUGUCUCAUAUGACUUCCCCAACUUUAUUGAAGUGCAAAAAAAAAAAAAAAAAAAAAGCUAUCUAUAUUCAACAUCAUGUGUUGAGGAAAGGUUAUGCUUUCAGAAAUAUCUUGAAGAUAUCACUUACAUAGCUUCUCAGACAGAACAUCUCUAACAGCUCAUCUUUAGUCUACAGUUUCUAAUCAGUGCUUGACUGUGCCCGUACAUCUAGAGCUGCAAUGAUUAGUCAAUUAAUGGAUUAGCUGAUCAACGGAAAAUUAAUCCACAACUAUGUUGAUAAUCAAUUAAUUGUUAAAGUCAAUGAAAAUGAUGGUUUCAGCUUCAUAAAAGUGAGAAUUUACUGCAUUUGCUUGUUUGACACUGAAUAUCUUUGGGUUUCACCUUGGGAAUUUGUGAAGAAUGUUUUUCACUGUUUGCUGAUAUUUUUAACAUUUACUUAAAAAUAAUCAGUAAAUUAGUUGAUCAAGAGUUUCAGCUGUAGUUAAGCCUGAGAGACGGUGUUGGUCAAAACUAACAAAAGCCUUAAGAGUAAUAAAUAAAACUGAAAAGUUAUAACAUCAAGGCCUUUUGCCUCUCAGCCCUUCAUUUCUGGCAUUUUCUUUUGUUUGUUAAUUUUGUUCUACAGCACUUUGUAACAUUAGAUUGAAAAGUGCUAAAUAAAUACAUUUUAAUAACUAUGAUUAUAAACAUGAUGUGCAACUGGAAACAAAUCAUAUUAUAGCAAGUAGUGAACUACUCAUCUGUUGUGUUUAAUGUUUCUGAAGCAUAGAUGUGCAACAGUUCUGCAUGUGCUUUUUAAAUGCGAGGACGAGUAAGUCAAGUUUGCUGUCAGAUAUUAUUCUAAUGUACAAAGAAAAAACUCAAAUCCAGCCUGCUGACUCUUCUGUUUUUUUCAGAAGAGGGUGGCAUUCAGCCUUUUGCAUUAUACAACAUGAAAGUUCGGAGAGGACUAACAGACUAACAACAGAGGAGAAACAGUGAAAACAACAGAACAAUAAAGAGUUUCCAAGCAGGGAUGUGUAGUAUAUGUGCAUAGGAUUUGACUGCCUUACAGUCUGUGCCACAGGGCCCAAAAUAACAAUGCCAAUACAAAAGAACUUGUAAACUUUGUAUAUUAAAUGUCCUUUUUGUAGUCAGGUGAUGAAUUAAUAAGCAGUGUGUUGGUUAACUCUGUAUGUUAAUCAGAAUCAUUUAUAUUAUGAAUUUCAUGGUUGAUAUAAUUUAUCUUAACCUCUUGCCUUUAAAAAGACAUUUUUCUUUCAAGAUAAAUAUCAAUGAUACAAAAUUAUAUGUUUAUGUUACCAGAAAUGUAUAAAAUAGCUUAAUGUAUAUCUAUUCUUAUAUGUAAAAUGUAUUCAAAUCAAGGGUAGGCCUUCAGGCAUGUUGAACAUGUGGUAAACACCAAUUCUUAUAUAUUAUAACUCUUAAUGCUGCAAUCCAGAAACUAUAGUGCUAUGAUGUGACUGCGUUCAUGGGAUGAGAGUUGAAUAAAAUAAUUUUCCAGCAUGGCACAGUUUCAUUAAAAUAUGAAAUAAUACGACAAAUUAAAAUAUCUCACCUAUGUUGUGUAACCAAAAUAGCAGUGGUGCUUUCAACAACCCCUGGAUUGCAGUUUUAAGUCAUUUUCUUUUAAAAUAUGUGUUUAUUUAUUUGGCCUGCAUUGCAAAACAGUAUUUUGAAAUGUUAUACCGCAUUUCUGUUUUCAUUUUACGAGAAGCUGCAAUACAUAAAGUGAGAAAAAUGUUUGUAAAGAACAUAAAAAUAUAUCUUAUACCCAUAUAUUAUUGAAACUUUCUCUGUAUUAGCUGCAGUGGUACAGUGUGCUACCUCUGAAAUUGUGCCCUCAUCUCCCUUCCCUGCUGGAAUUGAGGAUCCUUAUUCUGAUUUAUACCACAACCUGAGAGGAUACUUUAUUCCAUUCGGCUAAAAAAAAGUAUUUAUUUGAGAGGCAAUGCUUAAAAAAAGUUAUAAUUUUGUUCACAACCAGAAGUCGGGUUUAAUUUUUGGUUGCUUGUUCAUUGCUGUUUUAAGAUUUCCUAUAUACAACCUUUGCCAUCACAGGGCCAUUUCUAAAGUUUGUCCUGUUUACUAUCGUAUUUAAGUGCCGUUACCAUGACGUUCAUACAGAUCUACUUUUAAUUACGGGAUGAGAUUGAUUGUUUUCCAGGUAUACGUCAGACUCUCAGGUGUUAGAAGGAACACAGAGAAAUCUUUUAAUAUCUUUAAUGCCAAACGCACAAAAUAUUGAAACGCAAUCUUUGGCAAGUGAGCAUUAAAGCUAAAAGCAUUUCAAAAAGCACAUGAAAUGAGGGGUCUGUGCUGAGGCAUCUACUCUGCUUUUAUUUUGGUUGAUUCCUGACCCUCAUCUCAUCUUAUAAAUACUUUAAUUCACACCUUGUUUUGUAUUAUUUGUUGCAUAAAAAAAGGAACAAGAGGUUUGUUUCUUGGUCCAAAAUGAAAAAUGUGACAAAUGCUCCACUGUAAUAAAACUUGGUAAGAGAUAUUAUUGAAGUUACUACUGAAGAAGUGUUUUAUGUUUACAGAGUCAUGACAUUUUAGAGGAUGUAUGAACCUUUGUUCACCCGAGGGAGAAGGAGAUUUACUGCCGCUUUGCUGCAGCUAAAGCAGGACCUAAUAAAUGAAAUGAGAUAUCUUGUAUAUUUUGAAUAAGGGUAUUUAACAUCAAUCAACAUAUUUAUGUUUCUAAAAUGGAUGUAUAGCAUUUUGGAAUGAAACAAAGUAUUUUUCUCGGCAGCUAUUAUUCUGCACAAUUGAUCUACUGUGUCACAAAUAUAUAGUUGGUGGGGUUUCUGACUUGAAUUAGGCCUACUGGAUGUAAUACCUUAAUUUACUUGACAUUUCUUUUGAAAUAAGCCAUGCCCCAUGGAUAAGCCAUACCCUCCACACCCCUGAUGUUGUAUGGUGGAUGUUUAAUGUUGGUAGUUUUAUUUACAAUGGUAGUUAUUGUAGGUAUGAUUGCGCUUGUAAUGAUUAUUAUUAGUGUAAGUAUACUUGAUUGAUAUUAUUUGUUUUGUUUGAACAAAGGGAAUGUAUUCAUUUUUCCAGGUGAUUUUUCCGAGUGAUUUAAAUAAAUUAAUAAAUCCCUAAUUGAAGA